ACUGCGUACAUUAGCAACUAUUGGUUUCAGCACCCUCCUGUGGGUGUUUCUCUUGUAACCAGGCAACGUGAAGGUGAGGUUAGAAACUUCAUACCUACUCUCAGAGCCAGACUUCUAACCUAACUUAUAUACUUUGGAAUAAAAAGGAGGUUUGAACACCCAGAAAUAUGAACCGGACACAGCCAAAGAGGCGAAGCUUCGAUGCUGGUUCCACAGUUACAAUGCUCUCAAAUCAAGAAAAAGAUUGCUGCUCCAAAUGGUCUUGCUGCACUCGCCGAUGUGUAUUUAUUACUGUGGGAGUUCUGCUUGUGCUGCUGGGAAUCGCAUUGGCAAUUGCUCUUGCAGUUGUGCUCGCCCUCCCAUCAAAAACCCCAGAGAGUCGCUUAUGUGUAACAUCAAAUAACUACACCGGAUUCCUUUGUGAUGACAGAAUCACAUGCCUGUUGCCUUCCCAAGUCUGUAACUCAGCCAGUGAUUGUGGUAAUGGGGAAGACGAGGCUUCCUCUAUAUGCAGUAAUUUACCUAAAAAUCUACCUGGAUACUUAAUCUUCCGCUGUGGAAAUCCAACUAACUGGAUUUAUAGCAAUCUUAAGUGCAAUAACAUAAAUAAUUGUGGAGAUUGUUCAGAUGAGUCACAAUCACAUGCAUCCUGCCCUGCCUGUGGGUCUCAAUGGUGGACUUGUACUCCUGUUCUUUCCCAGUACUGCAACUGUAUCCCCAUAAGUCGGUGCCAGAAUGGAGUCCAAGACUGCACAGACUGGUCUGAUGAGUAUGUCUGUCACAAGUGAAAGCCGAGAUCAGUGGCAUACCCUACAUAUAUAUCUUUUUUUAUACUUGUUUCUUUAUACAUAAUAUUAUAUGCAGGCUUAAUAUAAGCAGAAUCUCUUGCAUUUA